AUGGCCUCCCCUGCAAGCUCCAGAACGUCGCCCAAAAACCCCAGCCAGAUAUUACACCGACCAGUGAUCUUGGCUGUCGGCGCAGAAGAUGAUCGUGGGACUCUGACCCGCGUGUUGGUAGGUCGUUCGAUCAAAUACCUGUUUGUUUCUCAAGAUGCUUUCCCUCAUGGGUGGGAAUACCCAAAUGGGCCAAAUCCAUCGCUGCCGACUCUCGACCUUGGCGAGAAAAAGAUUGCUGAGAAGUUGAGCGGUAUCCAGGGGUUGUCGCACGAGGUCAUGCUUGAUUACAGUGAUUUCUCCAAGGUAAGCGCAAUCACCAAACCAUGGGAUAUGCGCUCAGAACGGUUGACAAUUGUCAAUCAUCCAGCCGUUGUACGAAAAGCAGUCAUGAAAAUCGCAGAGUUUCCCGACUUUCUCCCCCGGAACGACAGUGAUAAGGAGAGACUAGGUAAACAGGAAUCCGAGAUGAAGAGGGAGAUUCAAUUCCACCAGGAGGCCUCUUCUCACGGAAUUACCACCAGGUUCCAUGGUCUGGUUACGGAGGAAGGUCGUGGGGUGAUAGGAUACGCCAUGGAAUUUAUUGAAGGUGGCAAGAGCUUCUCUGAGAUUGCCAAAGAGAAUAAACCAUUGCCAGAGCAGGAAAUCCAGGCGUGUCUGGCAGUAGUCCGCCGCCUCCAUGAGAUCGGAAUUUACCACGGGGAUCUUGAUCUAGGUAACGUAAUGCGUCGCCCAGAUGGUACAGUACUGAUUAUCGACUUCCAGUAUUCGGCAAGACUUGGCGCAAAAGGCAGCGUAGAGGGUAUGCCGAUAUACUCGGAAGCCAACGAGGUAAAUGGGAUCGAGAGAAGACUUCGAAAUAUUGGUCGUGGAGAUGCCGACGACUCUGAUAUAAUCCCGAGUGCCUGGCUGAAGGCCACAGCCUGGAACGGCUUCCGCCACAAACUCGACGAAGCCGGUUACGCCUCAGAGCUGGUCGCAUUACCCACUGUUGGCGGGCGCGAGGCCCCGCUGGCUCAGUUGGCGGAUGACAUUGCUACUGUGCAGGCAGUUCUCGCGAGAUUGAAACACGAAGGCCGGCGAAUCUUGAUUCUAUGCCAUUCAUCGGGGGGUCUAGUAGCUAGCAAUGCUGUUGUGGGGUUUAACGUCCUGGGUAUCAUAUUCCUGUCAGCCUUCAUGAUCCCUUCUGGGAAAGCACUUCUGGAUAUGCUCGGAGGCAAUCCAUUGCCAUGGAUGAAGGUGGAAGGAGACCGUGUUCGCGGCGUCCCGGCUAUGAUUCCUCAGGUUGCUUUCAACGACAUGGAUGAAGGCUCUCAACAAGAAUGGACCAAGGAAAUGACACACACGUCUAUUUCACUAUUCGUGACACCUUCAGCAUACGAGCCUUGGGCAGAUGGAGUGCCGUGUGGUUACAUAUUUUGCGAGAACGACAACUCGCUUCCUCUUCCUGUACAGCAGCAGAUGGCAGCCCUUAUUAAAAGCACGACUUGCACAGCAACCAUUCAAUCGGGUCACUGCCCAUUUCUGAGCAAGCCUGAUGAUUUACUAGAGGCUUUGAGAGGUAUUGAGCUGAAUUUGGGGCAGAGCACGUAA